AUGGGGCUGCCGCUAGCCCGCCUGGUGGCCGUCUGCCUGGCCCUGAGCUCUGCUGGGUGUGCAGAGCUCCAGAGAGAGGGCAGGACCCAGAACCACGGCCACAGCGUCUGCAGCACUUGGGGCGACUUCCACUACAAGACCUUCGACGGGGACGUCUUCCGCUUCCCGGGCCUGUGUGACUACAACUUCGCGUCCGACUGCAGGGACUCCUACAAGGAGUUUGCAGUGCACCUGAAGCGGGGCUCGGGCAGCGCCGGGGGGCACCCCCAGCUCGAGCACAUCCUGCUGAACAUCAAGGACGACACCAUCUACCUCACCCGCCAUCUGGCUGUGGUCAACGGGGCCGUGGUCAGCACCCCGCACUACAGCUCUGGGCUGCUCAUCGAGAAGAGCGACGCCUACACCAAGGUCUACUCCCGCGCUGGACUCACCCUCAUGUGGAACCGGGAGGACUCACUCAUGCUGGAACUGGACAGUAAGUUCCGGAACCACACGUGUGGGCUCUGCGGGGACUACAACGGCCUGCACACUUACUCCGAGUUCCUGUCUGAGGGCGUGCUCUUCAGUGCCCUCGAGUUUGGGAACAUGCAGAAGAUCCACAAGCCUGAGGUGGUGUGCGAUGACCCCGAGGAGUCGCCGGCCCUGGAGUCCUGCUCUAAGCACCGCACUGAGUGCGAGGAGCUGCUGACGGCCGCAGCCUUCGAGGACUGCCGGGGCCUGGUGCCGCUGGAGCCCUACGUGCAGGCGUGUGUGCGGGACCGCUGCGGGUGCCCGGCGGGCUCCUCCUGCAUCUGCAGCACUCUCGCUGAGUUCUCCCGCCAGUGCUCCCACGCGGGCGGGCAGCCCCGGAACUGGAGGACCGCCGAGCUCUGCCCCAAGAGCUGCCCCGGGAACAUGGUUUACCUGGAGAGCAGCUCGCCCUGCAUGGACACCUGCUCACACCUGGAGGUCAGCAGCCUGUGUGAGGAGCACCGCAUGGACGGCUGUUUCUGCCCGGAAGGCACCGUGUACGACGACAUUGCAGCCCGCGGCUGCGUCCCCGUGAGCCAGUGCCACUGCAAGCUCCACGGGCACCUGCACUCGCCCGGCCAGCACAUUAGCAGGGACUGCGAGGAGUGCACCACCACGACCACCACGACCACGGGCACCCCGACCCCGACACCCACCAUCACCACCACUCCGAGCACCAUCAUGACCACCACGACCACGGGCACCCCGACCCCGACACCCACCCCAACCACCACGACGACCACCACCACCACGGGCACCCCGACCAUCACCACUACCAUGGGCACUGAACCUGCAGGCAUGCAGACCUCCGGUCCCACCUCCUCAAAGACCACCCCCACCAGUGAAACUACAACUGGGCCCCCCUCACCCACCCCAGGAGCCCCCUCCACGCCCACUCCCACGACUGUGUCAACGACCACCACAGGAACCUCCACACUGCCCACACCGUCCAGGCCACAGACCGCCAGCCCCACGACCUCCCAUGUGCCCACCCCUACACUGACCCCGAUCUCCACCCCCAACCUCACCAUAAGCACGGGCUCAGUCAUCUCCUCCACUCUUGUCAUCUGCUGCAUUUUGAAUGACACCUACUACGCACCAGGUGAGAUGGUAUACAACGGCACACACGGGGACACCUGCUAUUAUGCGAACUGCUCGCGGUCCUGCACCAUCGAGAUCUUCAACUGGUCAUGCCCGUCCACACCCUCCUCAACACCCAGCCCUUCCAAGCUGGCAUCCACUUCAACACCCAAACCACCCACGCCCACAGCAUCGAGCACACCGGCCACCACCAAGCCCCCUGCGUGCCCAGACUUUGAUCCUCCCAGACAGGAGAAUGAGACGUGGUGGCUGUGUAACUGCACAAUGGCGAUUUGCAAGUACAACAACACCGUGGAGCUCGUGGAGAUGGAGUGCGAGGUCCCGCCCAAGCCCACCUGCUCCAACGGCCUCCAGCCCGUGCUCGUCAAGGGUCCCCAUGACUGCUGCCAGCAUUGGGAGUGCGACUGCUACUGCACAGGCUGGGGGGACCCUCACUACGUCACGUUCGACGGGCUGUACUACAGCCACCAGGGUAACUGCACGUACGUGCUGGUGGAGCGGAUCGCCUCCACGCUGGACAACUUUGGGGUCUACAUCGACAACUACCACUGUGACGUCAACGACCAGGUGUCCUGCCCCCGCACACUCAUUGUGCGUUACGAGUUCCAAGAGGUGCUGAUCAAGAUGCUGCAGAUGAUGCCCAUCAAGGUUCAGGUGCAGGUCAACAGGCAGGUGGUGGCCCUGCCCUACGUGAAGAGUGAGCUGCAUGUGUACCAGUCCGGCAUCAACUACAUGGUGGAAAUCUCCAAGCUGGGCGCCCUCAUCUCCUACAACGGACUUUCCUUCUCCAUCAGGCUGCCCUACCACCUGUUUGGCAACAACACCAAGGGCCAGUGUGGCACGUGCACCAACAACACCGCGGACGACUGCGUGCUGCCCAGUGGGGAGGUUGUUGCCAGCUGCGAGUUCGCAGCGGAUCAGUGGAUGGUGAACGACCCCUCCAAGCCGCACUGUCCCCAAACCAGAGUCACCACCAAGGGUCCGACCAUCAUGCCGCCGGGGGGCAGCACCACCUCCCACAGGGACUGCACCUCUCCUCUCUGCGAGCUCAUGAAAGACAGCUUGUUUGCCCCAUGCCACGCCCUGGUACCCCCCCAGCACUACUACGAAGCCUGCAUGUUCGACAGCUGCCUUGUGCCUGGCACAGGCCUGGAGUGCGCCAGCCUGCAGACCUACGCCACCCUCUGUGCCCAGGCGAACGUCUGCAUCGACUGGCGGAACCACACCCACGGGGUCUGCUCGGUGACGUGCCCGCCUCACAGGGAGUACCGGGCCUGUGGUCCUGCAGAAGAGCCCUCCUGCGAGUCUAGCUUACAGAAGAGCACCGGCCUGGUGGAAGGCUGCUUCUGCCCCGAGGGCACCAUGAACUACGCCCCAGGAUUCGACAUCUGUGUGGAGUUGUGUGGCUGUGUGGGACCUGACGAUGUGCCUAGAAAGUUCGGGGAGCACUUUGAGUUCGACUGCAAGGACUGCGUGUGCCUGGAGGGCGGGCGCGGCAUCAUCUGCCAGCCCAAGGAGUGCCGCCAGGAGCCGGUCACCUGCACGGAGGACGGCACCUACCCGGUCACGGAGGUCAACCCGGCGGACAUGUGCUGUAACAUCACGACCUGCAAAUGCAAUACCAGCCUGUGUGAGGCGUUGCCGCCCAAGUGCCCGCUGGGCUUCGAAGUGAGCAGCAAGGCCAGUCCUGGGAAGUGCUGUCCGUCCUACUCUUGUGUGCCCAAGGGUGUGUGCGUUCACGGGAAUGCUGAGUACCAGCCCGGGUCCCCAGUGUAUUCCUCCAAGUGCCAGGACUGUGUCUGCACCAGCGACAGGAACAGCAGCUCACAGCUCAACGUCAUCUCCUGCACCCACGUGCACUGCAGUAACUCCUGCAGCCCCGGCUUUGAGCUGGUGGACGUCCCUGGGGAGUGCUGUGGCAAGUGUCAGCAGACCCACUGCAUCGUCAAAAGACCCAGCAUGGAGAACAUGAUCCUAAAGCCCGGGGACAUAAGUCAUGACCCCACGAACAAUUGCACCUUCUUCAGCUGCGUGAAAAUCCACAACCAGCUCAUCUCCUCCGUCUCCAACAUCACCUGCCCUGACUUUGACCCCAGCAUCUGCCUCCCGGGCUCCAUCACACUCAUGCCCAAUGGAUGCUGCAAGAAAUGCAUCCCUCGCAAUGAGACCAGGAUCUACUGUUCCACCGUCCCCAUUACCAAGGAAAUUUCUUACUCCGGCUGCACCAAGAAAGUCACAAUGAAUUCCUGCUCUGGGUCCUGUGGGACCUUUGUCAUGUACUCGGCGCGGGCCCAGGCCCUGGACCGCCGCUGCUCUUGCUGUAAGGAGGUGCGCACCAGCCAGCGAGAGGUACAGCUGAACUGCCCUGAUGGCCGCUCCCUGAAGCACACCUACACCCACAUCGAGAGCUGCCUGUGUAGGGACACCGUGUGUGAGCUCCCGCAGGCUCCGCACCGCUUCUCUCACCACACCCGGAGCGCCAGCCCCAGGGGCCUGCCCCCGGGGAGGGAUUGAGCAGGGCCCCGCCGUCCAGCCCCCCACCCCGAAACUGUCCUCCGC